AUGGAAAAGGAUGAAGCUCCCAAGCAUUUCCCGAAGCCAAAAAUGUACCCGAAGAAGACUAUGGUGACUGAAUGGUGGUGUGCUGCUGAAGGUGUAAUCCACUGCAACUUCACUUCACUUCAUGAAAUCUGCGAGAUCAUCCAUGCAGAGAAGUACUGCAAAGAAGUGGACGAAAUGCUCCGAAAUUCCAGCUUGUUCGCAUCGCAUUAA